AUGUAUGGCAAAUGCGGUGGCGUGGGCGAUGCGCUGGCUGUUUUCCAGGCCCUUUCUCAAAAAAACACUCACACUUGGAAUUUGAUGCUCCAGGCGUGUCUCGUCAACAGUGGUCUCGAGCAAGCCAAGGAAAUCUUUGGAGCUAUGCCGGAUCCAGAUGCGUUGUCUGGAGAAGCGAUGGUGAAAGCAUUGAUUCGAAACGAGCAGCCGCUGGAAGCAAAGAGAUGUUUCGAGCGUCUGGGACAGCGAGACGAAUCUCUCUGGGCACUGAUUUUUGCAGCACUUGCCCAAAAGUGGUAUCUUCUUGCGGCGGAGGAGGUCUUUGUUAGAACACCUCUUGUAAACGAUCUGACCUGGGGAAACAUGAUAAACAUGUAUGGAAGAAAUGGAAAUCUAGAUGAAGCUAAACAUUUGUUCGUCUCCAUGCCGGAAAAAAACCUUGUCGUGUGGAGUUCUUUGAUCACUGCCUAUGCCCAAUACGGGCAUUUCGUCAAGUCGAUAGAGAUGUUUAAAAGAGUCCCGGCUUUGGAUCUUGUCUUGUGUUCGGUGAUGUUGCGAGGCUUUGGAGAAAAUGGAAAUGUUGAAGAGGCAAAAAUCUUGUUUGAUUCCAUGCCAGAACGAAACCAAGUGUCUUGGUGUGCUAUGACCACCGCAGCCUCGCGGAGCGGGAGCAUUGAGGAGGCCAGAGAAGUGUUCGAUAGAAUCCCAGAGUGUGAUCUCGUUGGAUGGAACGGGAUCUUAGCAGCGUACUCCAUGCGAGGAGAGGCCGAGGUGGUAAAGACGCUGUUCGAUCGAAUGCCCGAGAGAGACGAGAUCUCCUGGAACACACUUUCAGCUGGGCUCUUCGAGAGCUCCAAGACGACCCUGGAGGUGGUGAGAGAAACGUUUCGGAGAGUUCCAAAGCAUAGCGUGGGAUGCUGCACAGUGGCGAUCACCGCCAGUGGCGACGCGAGAGAAGCAAAGCUGGUGUUUGAUUCCAUGAGGCAUCGCGACGUUGUGUCAUGGACGUCGCUCUUCAAAGCCCACUUCCAAGGUGGCGAGCUCCAAGAAGCCAAAGAAGUCUUCGAGAGAAUGCCUGUGUAUGACUUGGUUUCCUGGAACGCAAUGCUCACAGGAUUCUCACAGAGUGGCCGCAUGGACGACGCAAGGCUGGUUUUCUCCAAGCUCCCGGAGAAAAACUUGGUAUCCAUGACGACGAUGCUGGCAGGAUUUGCAAAGAGCGGCCAGCUUACCACGGCGAAGAGCGUGUUUGACGAGAUGCCGGACAUGAACGUCCCGACUUGGAACUCGAUGAUCGCAGGCUACGCUCAAAACGGGCACUUUCGCGAGUCGAUGGAGACGUUCCAGUUGAUGCAGCUGGAAGGUUUCAGGCCCGACGAUGGCACGUACAGCAGCGUGAUCCUGGCAGGAAACCACGCAGGAACUCUUUCGGUGGCUCGAUCCCGGUUUGUGUCGAUGGUGGACGACUAUGGCUUAGUUCCGAAGAAGGAACACUACAGUUCCAUGGUGGACGUGUUGAGCCGAGCCGGACACUUGACAGAAGCGGAGGAUCUGAUCGUAAGCAUGCCUUUUGUUGCUGAUGAUCGAGACUGGAGGACUUUACUCGGCGCCUGCAAAGAUCUGAAUGAUUCGGAGCAAGGAGGCCGCGCUGCAAAGUUUGCGCUUGAGUUGGAGCCUGAAAGCUCUGCAUCAUAUGUGGUGUUGGCAAAUUUGUGCAAGUUAGAAGCAUAG